CACCUAUCGCAGCACUACCACUCCCGAUCGAAAAAGAAUCACAACAGAACCAAAACCAUGGGAAAACGAGUGAGAGGAGCCAAGCUCCGUUCCAAGAAGAGGGGAACCCAGUUCGAGAAAGAAAUAGUCGAGACGCAGGCCGUUGCCGCCGAGGAGGGAGCCGUGGCUGAAAAGGCCGACGAGGAGCUCUUUGUGCUCGAUACCACGGCGGUGGUGCCAUCUAAGAAACAGAUCGCCGCCAAAAAGAAGCAGCAGCGCAAGCAAUCCGUCUCCGCCAAGGAACAACGGCAGAUCCAGAGGCUGGUCGACAACCACUCGGCGAAGGAGCUCGAGGCCCUGGCCAAGACGACGAGCAUCACCGCCAAACGGGCACCCAAGCGCAUCAAGGCACGGCAGACCCGGCCCACCUUUGACAUGUGGGCGGACGAGGACGACAGCGGCGGCAACUCGUCGGCGCUGGUGAAAUCGAAAUCGAAAGCGAGCGAGAGCGCAAAACCAAAAACAGCCGUAGCGGUGUCKUCCGGGCCCCACGGCAUCGUGCCAUCGAACCACGUCAAGAUAGGUACCACAAAGGCAAUGCCGGCGCCGCUUCCCAAAAACAAGGACAGGGCCCCCGUGAUGGUUGAUCUCGCGGGGUCGGGACAAUCCUACAAUCCGGACCAGAAAGACCACAAGAACGCCAUUCAGAAGGCGCUCCUGGUCGAGACGAAGCGAAAGGUCGCCGAAAAGAAUGCCAAGGAGUCGGCCAGCCAGGGGAUGAGACCCGAAACGAGGGCCCUGCUSCUGGGUGAUUCCGAYUCGGAAGACGAGUCGGAUUYGGACAGCGACGAGGAGGCCGAACCAACGACGGAAGCCAUUGCGAAAAAGAGGCCCGAGAAGAUGACGCGGGCCCAGCGCAACAAGCAAAAACGCAUCCGCGCCGAGCAGUACGAAAUCAAGCAGAGGAAAAAGCAAAAGCAGUUUGCGCACGAGCUACGCGGCGUCAAAUCGGUCAACAGGACCCUCAASAAGGAAGAAGCCGAGCGCAAGAAAACCAAGGAAAAAAUCGAGCAGCUYAAGCUCGACACGGAGCGUUCCAAGGGGAAAGACCUGUACACGCAGCUGGCGGAGGAGAAUCCUCGCUACGCGCCGACAUAUCCGGUGGCCCUUCCGGGGGAGCUCCGUUCCGGGGCCUCCCUCCGAACGAUCAAGCCCAAGGGGAGCCUCGUGACGGAUCGUAUGGUGAGUCUGAUGGAUCGCGGCAUGACUGCCAAGAAACAACUAAAACUCAAGAACCGUGUGCAGGGAAAACGGCGAAAGAUCAAGGUUCGAGGGAAGAACUACCGGGCAACACAAGAAGGAGACAUUCUGGGUUGACGCAACGAACGAAACACGAGCUUGACGAACAUUUUCAAUGCAAUGCCACAGCCUCGGAGGAGAGUUGCUGCACUAUGAUUAUUCGAAUCAUAGACGAUAGACGAUAAUUACUACAACAUACCAUACUUGUGCGUUUCUAGUUUUUGCAAUGAAUUUAACUAGAGCUGCGCAUCUCAGCCCGAAUGCAUUCACAUUCCACACCAUGCGAUAUGAGCAAUAUGUGCUGCCGGGAAAUUUAUCUGAACAAAAUCAAACGAACGAACGAUUGACAAGACUGGAUUAGACUAGACUAGAAACGAAAUCCACGGGAGUUUUCUCCUUGGAAACACUUUAGAAGCACACAUGCGCCUUCAGGGUGGGCUGAUGAGGUCAAUCGUUCGCAACAAGAAUAAAGAUACUGAUUAUAA